AUGAGGGAAAAAAGUAUACAAGAAAAGCUAAAAGCAUACUUUGAAGGCACCUCCUUAGGAUUACCAUCGUUUGAAUUUUAUAGAAACUUGGAUCGCCACUUCUUCAAUUAUAAUGAUAUCAAUAAAAACUUUCUUAUUAGCCUUAAUGAACGAAAUGAAUAUAAAAAUUUGUGCGAAGACAUCAACAGUGAUAAUAAAAAUUCUUGGUAUAAAAGACUUUGUGUAGUACUUCUAAUGGUACUAAAAACGACAGGCACAAAAAUAAGUAAAAAAGAUAAUGAUUAUGAUGACUGUAAACUUUUGAAUUAUUGGAUA